UUCACGAAAGAGCCACAAAAAGCCUCAUUGUUAUUUGUCCCUCAUGAGCCAAACAAAGAACACUCUCAUCGGAUGUUUACACGGAAGGACGUUGACAGCCACAACACCGUGAUGUCAUUUGACGCGUAAUGCUCACCGUAUCGAGUAGCGAUGCGAGCCCAUAAUCUCGCAGCACUGGUAUCCCUGUUAACAUGGACCUGCUCGGUUUCUUCAAAGCCAACAGAAAUCGCUGGACAAAAAGGAACCAAAAAUGCGACAACAUACAAUGUAUGUGGAACGCCUGCCUGCAUCCAACGAGCACUGCUUAUCAAGGACUCCAUGAACACGUCCAUUGACCCAUGCACUGAUUUCUACUCAUACGCCUGCGGCGGCUGGAUGUCAAAGCACAACAUACCAGAGAGCCAAUCGACAACGAGCAGUUUCUCCCUGCUGGACGACAAACUACGGGAAACGCUUCGCGACAUUUUAGGAAACACAACAAUUGUUGAGGAGAGCCAAAGUGCAACGGACAAAGUUGUGGUCGUCUACAAUGCUUGCCUGGAUGUUCCAUGUCUCGAAGACCGACAUGACGUCAUUUUUGCCAUAAUGAAUGCUUCUGGGCUCGCUCAAUGGCCUCUAACUUAUCAUCCCAGAGAUCGGAAGGCCAACGCUGGAAACGUCCUCGUACAGACUGGACUUGGUACUGUCUUCUCAGUUGGCGUCUCAAGGAGUUUCUGGAAUCUUAGUUCUUACUCCGUCCAGCUGGAUCAGCCUGACUUUUUCAUAACCGGCAGAAACCAGAUCAUCAACCAAACCACGCACUACAGCAUGCCAAUCAUUGCAGCGUACAAGGAUGUGAUUAAAGUUGCGAUGAAGUUCAUGAAGCCCAAUCUUACUAACGAAGAGCUAGAAGUACUUUCCGACAAACUUGUGGCUUUUGAGGGAAAAUUGGCCAACCUGACGGCACCUCCUGAAGAAAGGCGAGAUUUGUUGAAAAUUUAUCACAGAACCACCAUCGACCAACUGGAGAAAAAAUUUUCUAACAUUCCUAUUCUCGCUUCGUUGCAGAAGCAAUUUGACAUUGUAGACAUCACGUUAGCUGCCAACGAGUCUGUAGAACUAUUCGCUCUGGAGUAUUAUGAAAAACUGAAUGAAUUUCUGCGAAGUUCUGAUGUUGACACCUUGUUCAACUUCGCCGGUUUGCGUCACAUGCUGAGAUGGGCUGCAACCGUAUCGCGAGAAUUUCGAAAAGCUGCCUUCGAGUUUCGAAAAGUGAAAGAAGGUGUGCAAGUUGAGAGGCCGAGGUGGCAAGAGUGCGUCGAUGAGGUUAACGACGGCAUGCCAGACAUUGUGGGAAAACUAUAUGUGCAGCACAAGUUCAGCUCAGAGGCCAAAGAAGAGGUUCAAGACCUCGCCAGAAGGCUUAUGGCUGUAUUUAAUGAAUCUCUGCAAAGGUUUGAAUGGAUGGACGAGACCACAAGAGCGGCUGCAGAGACAAAGUUGGCAAAAAUGGCGAUCAAAAUUGGAUAUCCUGAGUGGCUAUUAAAUGCGACAUAUAUUGAGGAACUUUACAAAUUUGUACCAAAACUGUCCCUCAAUGACUCUUACGGCGCAAUGACGUACGCCAUAUCGCUAAACCACCGGAAACAGGCAAUGCUAAAGUUACGACGGCCGUACAACAGGGAAGCUGAGUGGCCAGUCGGCCCAGCCGUUGUCAAUGCUUUCUACAGCCCGAACACCAAUGAAAUGAUAUACCCAUCAGGAAUCCUUCAAGGAGUCUUCUAUGAGCAUGGCCUUCCACGUUCCAUAAACUUCGGAAGUAUUGGCACGAUCGUCGGCCACGAAAUGACACAUGGCUUCGACGACACAGGAAGCCAGUUCGACGCAGAAGGUGCUCUGAAGCAAUGGUGGUCCAAUCAUACCCGCACUGAGUUCAUGGAAAGGACCAAAUGUUUCGAGUAUGAAUACGGAAAUAUCACUGACAUAGAAGCGAACAUGACGCUUAAUGGGAAGAACACGGUGGGCGAGAACAUUGCAGACAACGGCGGACUGCGUUUGGCUUUCGAGGCCUAUAAAAGACUCCUGGAAGUAGAAUACAAAAACAUAGAUACUCGACUACAGGGCAUGGAAAACUUCUCUGGGCAGCAGCUGUUCUUCAUUGCAAAUGCAAUGGUAAUGUGCAGCUUGAGCCGGCCUGAGUAUGUAAAAGAGCAAAUUGAGUAUGACCCACACAGCCCAAGUCAAUACAGCGUCAACGUACCAAUUUCAAACUUGGCAGCCUUCUCCAAUACCUUCAACUGCCCAACGAAUUCAACUAUGAACCGGAAACACCGCUGCACUUUCUGGUGAGACGUAGUCGCAGAGGACGAGAACACAGGACUAUGGUGUGCAAAAUUUUGCAAUCUUUCAUACUUAUUUGGAAAGCGCGCCAACCGAUGUAUUGUUAUAAUAAAGUACACUGGGGACUUCCUGAGAA